CGUCAUCUUCAAUUAAAAAGAAAGUUCCAGUGUCGAAAUCGAAAUCGAAAUCAGGGGAAGAGAAAAAGAAAAAAGCAGAGUUGGAACAGUGCCGUAUGAACGUUAAGACUUUGAAGGAUCAGCUAUCUGGAGCGUAUAAAGAAAGAAAGGAGUUUUUAUUGAGAUAUAGCAGACAAAAUUUGAAGAAAGGAUGGCAUCGAGGGAUGAGAGAAGACCUGGGUGAUGCACAGAGGAGGGAAAACGAAGCCAUAUACCACAACAUCCAAGUCUUCAAAGAGAAGAGAUGCAGGUUUUCCGCUCAAAUGAAUGAUUUCAAGAAGUGGCUUUCCGUAGAGAAACUCAAGCUAUACAGCAUUACCAGAAAGAGUUCAGAGGCUCAAGAAGGUGGCAGUGCGGAAAACAAGACAACCAUUAAGGCAGAUACAAUCCCAUGUAUUGUAAACGCGAAUGAGACUCUUUUGGACGAUGGUGUUUUUAAAGACGAAAAAGUGGUUUAUACUGGAACUGAUAAUGGUAUCGUGUACAUGACGGAAACAGUCGCAUUCAAAGCUAGUCGCUUCAAAUUUCACAUUGACUUGUACAACAGGUAUUCUAUUCUUGAUAAUCCGCUUGAGGAAGACUCCUUCGAAGUAGUAUGUCCAUCAGACAACCUAAAACUACCCAACUCACUUAAAAUAAAGUCUGCACAACUUGAUCACGGCACUGGUGCCAAGAAAUGUAGGAGAUAAUUGGAACGAGCCAAGAAACUAGCUAGUAAUGUUAGUGUAGUUGAGGGAGAAAAGGAUCAGUCUACCGCAGGAUACUACAGUGCUACAAGUGUGGGGGAGCUGGAGCUGGCAUUUGCUCAACAUGUUCGUACAAGAGAGCAAAGCAGGAACCUCUACUAUUCUCAUACUAGCAUGAAGCAACAGAGGAGCUACGAGUUUCAAAAGCAGAAGUACACUGAUCAGAUAUGUUCUGAUGAACGAUCAGCUUUUAAGAGAACUAAAAAGAGCUUGCAGGGCAAGAGAUAA